UUGGGGCUUCAGUAUUGGGGCUUUCAGUAUUCAGUAUUAUUCUAUUCGCCUGCGCUUCAAGUUGCUUUUUCGCCAAAGCCGCGUGCGUCGCCCCAAAUCACACUCUCUCGCACACCCGACACUCACACAGAAAACGAUAUUAUGCAUAUGUAUGUUUAAUAUAUUUUCUGAUUGGAUUGGGGCGAAAACAAAACCCAAAAAGUGCGAAAAAAGUGAGAAAAAAAAAAUAUGUAAAAAGCCGAACAGCAUUUCGAAUAAUACAAUAAUAAUUAUGUGUGGUUGGUGUUAAUAAUUAUUGUUGAAUGAAAAACAAAUUCCGCCAAAUGUGUUAACAAGAGUGUUUGCAGCCGCAGCGCCAUAAAGUUUACAACAAUGCCACACAAUAAAAAAUAACAAAAAAAAUAAAUAAAUAUAUAGAAAAUAAAAAAACGAAGAAAAAAAAUAAAGCAAAAACUGGAAUUCGUGAUAAUUGUUUUUCGAACAAGUGUGAGAGAGGGAAAAAUGCAAAGAUAACAGAUUUUUCGAGUCCCUGAUAAGCGAUUUAUCUCGGCCAUAAAAUUUGCUGAUACUGCACAAAAAAUGUAAUGUUGGAGACCAGAAUUUUGAUAUGACAGGGUUGAGAGAUUCUUCUGGUUACUCGACUGUGAAACUGCCCGAAACUAAAAUUCGAGCUGGAAAUGCGGGGAUUUUGUUUUCCAAUUUGUUUGUUUGGAAAAACCCGCCGUUCUUCCAGAUUCUUCGCUGCAAUCUCAUCUCUUUCCAUAUAUUUCCCUCAUUUAACCUACCACAAUGCAGCGCAGCUUCUCUUUUCUCUUUCUUUUCCAUACAAUUUCCCUACAAUUUACAACGUUCCACUCUCUUCCACUUGAUAUUUUUUUGUGCAAUAACAACAACAAUGACAAAAGCAUAUUGAAAUGUAUAUUAUAAUUAACCGCAAUAUUUUCCAUUCGAAAAGUAGAGUGAUCAUCAACAACAAAAGCACAAAGUGAACAAUUGUUAAAAAACCAAAAAGCAAGUCAAUUAAAAGAAAUAAACACAGUGCAACAAAAAAAAUACAUAAAAAGAGUAGCAUAGCAGCAGAAUAGAAAAGAAAAAGCCGAGAUCCCCCAGAUCGUGGAAAAACAAAAGGUUUAUCUAACUGUAAAGAAGAGCAGCCAGCGCCAACGUGGGAGGCAUCCGCAGCGAAAACUGAUGACGAAACGUCAUCGCCAGGCACAAGGCCAGCUAAUCUCCCGUUCAAUGUAAACACGAAAAACCAAGACCGAAAAAAUCACUUUUGAAAUCAGUUUAACCCAAGGACCUUUAUGUUUGUGCCUGAUUCGGAUUCAGAUUCUGAAAAACAACAUCCUGAUUGCCGGGAUAUCGAACCGCAACCCACACACUCUUCACCAUCAGUUGGGGCAACAAUUAUUCGACUGAAACUAGCUUUAAAUAAAUCGGAAGCUAUUGUUGUGGCCACACCUAUAUAAUUGCAGCAGCACGCGCUAAAAUCGCACAACAUUAAAAAUAAUCCAACACAAAAAUCGCUGUGAGAAUCUGUUGGGACCCAUAGGCGUCGCGCUGAACGGCCCCGGCCUAAGGGGCCAUGACGCGUUGGCCCUUUAGUCUCUUACUCUUGCUGUCGGUGGCAGUUCGCGACUGUAGCAAUCACCCCACCGUCCUCACCGUCGGCUAUCUGACGGCCCUCACUGGCGACCUCAGCAUGCGCCAGGGAUUGGCCAUAUCCGGUGCGCUGACUAUGGCCCUGGAUGAGGUCAACAAAGAUCCCAAUCUGUUACCAAAUGUUACGCUGCAGCUGCGCUGGAAUGACACCAAGGGCGAAACGGUACUGGCCACCAAAGCCAUCACCGAGAUGAUUUGCGAUGGCGUCGCCACCAUUUUCGGACCGGAAGGACCCUGCUAUGUGGAGGCCAUAGUCUCUCAGAGCCGCAACAUUCCAAUGAUAUCCUAUAAAUGUGCAGAGUACCGUGCAUCCGCUAUACCGACAUUCGCCCGGACAGAGCCUCCCGACACGCAGGUUGUGAAGUCUUUGUUGGCCCUUUUGCGCUACUAUGCCUGGAACAAGUUCUCCAUUCUUUAUGAGGAUGUGUGGGGACCGGUGGCGGAUCUGCUCAAGGACCAGGCCACCGAAAGGAACAUGACCGUCAACCACCAACUGUCCUUCAUCGAUAAUCGCGCCAAAUGCUGUGAGAAGAUGCUGAGCUGCUGUCGAUCAGGAUACUGGUAUCAGCUGGUACAAAACACCAUGAAUCGCACUCGAAUCUACGUCUUUCUGGGAGCAGCCAAUAGUCUGGUUGACUUUAUGAGUUCCAUGGAGACGGCUGGCCUAUUUACCCGAGGGGAGUACAUGGUGAUUUUUGUGGAUAUGAUGGUCUAUUCCGAGAGAGAGGCAGAAAAGUACUUGCGCAAAGUGGAUCAAAUCGAUGUUAUGGCCCAUUGUCACAGUACGGAGAAGUUCAACCAACUGGCUCGCAGCUUGCUCGUCGUGGCUUCCACUCCGCCCACCAAAGGAUAUGAGCAGUUCACGGAUCAGGUGCAGAAUUAUAGUGCCAAGCCGCCAUUUAAUUUCAAUAUACCCGAGCUGUUUGUGAAAAAUAAAUUGAGCAAGUUUGUUUCGAUCUAUGCCGCCUAUUUGUACGACUCCGUGAAGCUAUAUGCCUGGGCAGUGGACAAGUUGUUGCGCCAGGAGACGCGUAUCCUCACAGAUGACGUUAUCUUCGAAGUGGCCAGCAAUGGAACUCGAGUGAUCGACACCAUCAUCAAAAAUCGUACUUAUAUGAGUGUCACUGGAGCCACUAUUAAGAUCGAUCAGUAUGGCGACUCGGAGGGCAACUUUUCGGUUCUGGCCUACAAGCCCCACAAGUGGAACAACUCCAACAAUAUCCAGUGCAAUUACCACAUGGUUCCCGUGGCUUACUUCCACCAAGGCGACAAUCUUCCAGAGUACAAGCUGAUCAAUGGCUCCAUAGACUGGCCCUCGGGCGGAGAGAAGCCCACGGAUGAGCCGAUGUGCGGAUUUGCCAACGAGCUUUGCAAAAAGGACGACACCCACUACACCUCCACGGUGGCAGCCGUCGUUCUAGGGGUCCUGCUCUUCUGCUCCGGAGUGAUAACCAUGAGCAUCUAUCGAAAGUGGAAGAUAGAGCUGGAAAUCGAGGGCUUGCUCUGGAAGAUUGAUUCAAACGAGAUCAAGGGUUACACGGGCAAUGACAUUGUCUCCUCACCCAGCAAGGUCAGCUUGAUGAGCGCCCAGAGCUAUGGCUCCCGCUGGACCAACCAGUUUGUGACCUCCACCGGACAGUUGCGUGGCGCUGUUGUCCGGAUUAAGGAGCUCAAGUUCCCGAGGAAGCGGGACAUCUCCCGAGAAAUCAUGAAGGAAAUGCGAUUGUUGCGGGAACUGCGCCACGAUAAUAUCAACAGUUUCAUUGGCGCCUGCGUGGAGCCCACCCGCGUCCUGCUAGUCACCGAUUUCUGUGCCAAAGGCAGUCUGUACGACAUCAUCGAGAACGAGGACAUCAAGCUGGAUGAUCUGUUCAUUGCCUCCCUCAUCCAUGACCUCAUCAAGGGCAUGAUCUACAUCCACAACUCCCAACUGAUCUAUCAUGGCAACCUCAAAUCCUCGAAUUGUGUGGUCACCUCGCGCUGGAUGCUCCAAGUCACCGAUUUUGGACUCCAUGAGCUGCGACAGUGUGCCGAAAACGAGUCCAUUGGGGAGCAUCAGCAUUACAGAAACCAACUGUGGCGUGCUCCGGAACUGCUCCGCAACCACAUCCAUGGCAGCCAAAAGGGCGAUGUCUAUGCAUUCGCCAUCAUCAUGUACGAGAUAUUUAGUCGUAAGGGUCCGUUCGGACAAACCAACUUUGAACCAAAGCAGAUUGUGGACUUUGUUAUGAGAGUGCCCAUGGAGGGCGAGGAUCCGUUCCGGCCGGAGGUGGAGUCCAUCAUUGAGGCUGAGUCCUGUCCGGAUUAUGUGCUGGCCUGCAUCAAGGAGUGCUGGGCCGAAGAGCCAGAGGAACGGCCCGACUUUAGUGCCAUACGCAAUCGUUUGAAGAAAAUGCGCGGAGGUAAGACCAAAAACAUCAUGGACCAAAUGAUGGAGAUGAUGGAGAAGUAUGCCAACAACUUGGAGGACAUCGUUACCGAGCGUACUCGCCUCCUGUGCGAGGAGAAGCUGAAGACCGAGGACCUGCUCCACCGCAUGCUGCCUCAGUCGGUGGCCGAGAAACUGACCAUGGGCCAGGGCGUGGAGCCGGUGUCAUAUGAUUUGGUCACUAUAUACUUUAGCGACAUUGUUGGAUUCACCGCCAUGUCGGCGGAGAGCACACCACUGCAGGUGGUUAACUUUUUGAAUGAUCUCUACACAGUGUUCGAUCGCAUCAUACGCGGCUAUGAUGUGUACAAGGUGGAGACCAUAGGCGAUGCCUACAUGGUGGUCUCGGGUCUGCCCAUUAAGAAUGGGGAUCGUCAUGCGGGCGAGAUUGCCUCGAUGGCUCUGGAGCUGCUGCAGGCGGUAAAGCAGCACCGCAUAGCCCACCGGCCCAAGGAGACCCUGAAGCUGCGGAUCGGAAUGCACACGGGCCCGGUGGUGGCCGGAGUUGUGGGCCUGACGAUGCCCAGGUACUGCCUCUUCGGAGACACCGUCAACACGGCGUCCCGCAUGGAGAGCAAUGGCGAGGCCCUCAAGAUCCACAUCUCCAAUAAGUGCAAGCUGGCGCUGGACAAGCUGGGCGGCGGCUACAUCACUGAGAAACGUGGUCUGGUCAACAUGAAGGGCAAGGGCGAGGUCGUCACCUGGUGGCUGACCGGAGCCAAUGAGAAUGCGAUACAGAAGAAGCCGGUGGACAUGAUGGACAUGCCACCGCCGCUGUUCAGUCGCCCCCGGAAGAGUCCCAAGCUGAAUCCCGACUCCCGGCAGCCCAGCAUCCAGGCCAUGCACUUCUGCGGCACCGGAUCUCGUCGCCAAAGUAGUGUACCCCGACCGGCGGACGUGGAGUCGACGUACAGUCUCCAGGGAUCCGUGCGAGACUCCCCGCGCAUGAUCAACAAACGGGACAGAGACCGGGAUCGUGAUCGGGAACGGGAACGACCAUCCAUUAAUGGACACUUUGUGGGCGGAGCACUCCUCGAAUCCGCGCAGGCCUCGCUCAGCACGCUGAAUCAUUCCGAAACAAACGAAACGAACUGUGAUAUGGACGGAGGAGUGGGAUCAGGAUCGGGUUCUGGAUCUGGAUUAGUUCGCCAGCCGAAUGCAUUGCACAAGCCGCUGGCAAUGGUGCGUCCGCACCGAAUCAUCAGCGCCGCCCAGCUGCCACAGCUGGGGGAUCACGAGGACGACUCGGCAGCGGAGAUGCUGCUGCGGGAGUCCCGCUCCCUGGAUCCCAUGCCUCUGCAACACCUGCGCAAGCGUCACGAACGGGUCAAGCUGCCGCCCUCGAAGCUCUCCAAGAACAAUUCGCGAUCGUUGGACACCGGCGUGUCGCUGAUCAGCGGCAACCCCAACGGGGAUGUGGGCUCCAGUCAACUGGAGCUGGACGACGAGAUGUCCGCGAAUCCGGUGGACGCCACCGAUGGCUAUGACGAUGAGUUGGGUCUCCUCAUGCGCCGCGAUAAUGGUCAGCCGCCUACCCUCCGCUAUUCGGGCAGUUUCCCCAACGCCCAGAUUAGCAUUAUUCCAGCGGGAGCAGGUGGGGGCAGGAACUGUGGCAAGCACCUGAACAACAACUGCAACGGCGGCAUAACUAUAGAAGAUGACCUGGAAUCGCCACUGCUGCAGCGACAGGCCUCCCUCUCCGUUCCGCCCGAGGAGAUGAUGGCUCACAAUAAGCGCUGGCACUCCCUGGAGCACAUGGACGGACCCGGCGGUCAUGGCGGUAACAGUGUGAGCUAUGCGGCCGAUAUCGACAACCGACAGCCCGGAAACCUGGACUUCCUGGGCGGCGGCACCUCCCACCAGCAGAGAUCCCGGGCAGUGGCCGGCGGAGGCAGCAAGCUGACCAACUGGAUGUCCAACUUCUUCAAGGGCAACGGCGUGCGCAGCGGCGAGGCUAGGCGAGUGGGUAUCCUGCCCAGCGGCGUCCAGGGAGCUCGAACAGGAUUCACGGACAUGACGGCGGCAUCAGGGGCCCGAGAUCGCGAGAGUAUAGUGUAGAGAUUGUAGAGAAAUCGCGGAGAAGGAGGAUGAGGAUGAUUGAGCAGAGUAGGAUGUAAGGAUGCAGGAGCAGGAUGAGCUGGUGGAGCUUGUUGAGCUUUGUGGAGAGGUGGAAAAGUUACUCAGGAACCGUGUCGAGCAGGAAACGAUCGUCUUUUGGCUUAUUUCUUUGUUUUAUGUAUUGUAGUUUAUAUCGAUCGAACGAUUUGUGUGUCUGUGUUGGAAGUAGUCCUCCAUUUAUAAACCUAACGAAGCCUGUUCAAUGAAAAAGAGAAAUAUAUAUAUUUAAUCCCUUUGGAGUCACAGGACUUGUUCUCUAAAUGUCUAUCUGUAUGAAAUUCCAUUGCAAUCCUGUGGUCCUAGGGCAGGAUGAUAAUGAGCAGAAUACAUAGAAUAUAUUUGAUAACUCUACAUACAUACAUAUUAGAGAAGCCGAAAAAAACCGUCUAGUCACAAGGUCUUCAGACUAGUUAUUGUUUUAUAUAAAAUAUAUACACCACACACACACACAACCACACAUCUAAAUGUACGUUUGUAAAUGUAACACACACACAUACACACAACCACACACAUAUUUAUACGAGGAUGAGAAUCAAAAACAAAUAUUUUAUGUAAAUCUAAUCAAAACAAAACCAUUUUAUGCUUUCUAAACACGAUGUGCUGCUGCAAACAAAUUAUGCUUAAAACAACAACUAGUUAAUUUAUAUAUUUGAACGAAAACAAAAAACAGAAAAUGUGCGGAAAAUUUGAUGUAUCAAUGUGUUUUUCUAGUAUGUAAUUAAGUGCGUGUGAUUGUACGUAAUGUUUAAGUCCCUACAACUAAAAACAUACUUUUAAUUAAUUAAUUAUGAACGAGAAUUGUGAGCAGAGAAGUGCGAGAAAAGCGCCCGAUGCGUGGUGUUUUAGCUGUAUGUAUGUAUGUAUAUUUUUAAAAGAAAAUUUGUUAAAUUUGCCAUAUAUAAAUACAAACAAGAAACUAUUCAAAAUA